AUUGUCACGACGUGUGCUGACGUCGCGCGAUGACGUCAACUUCCGCCCGCCGCAAUGUUUGGUAGUUUGACUGGGUCUUGUUGGUAGUGAGCUGUUGAUGUUUAGUGUGUCGUGACGUCACCGGCGACGGUGUGUAGUGAUUUCAGCUGAAGUGCUAGGAUGUGUUGAUUGGCUCCCCGAUUGGUGAUCUUCCUUUAAACAUUUAGUGCAGGCUGUGAUUCAGUCGACUGUGGCUCGGUUGCUGCUAUGUUCUCAGUGGGCCUGGAACCCACGACUGUAAGGUUAGCAAGGUUUGUUGGCUCACGUGAUCACGUCUUACCCUGCGGCAUCUAUAGACUCACGUCUUCAAGGUCAUCACUUAUAGAGGUCUUUUUGUAAACAAUAGGUCUUUAUAAACAGUAGGUCCUUACAAACAGUAGGUUAUUGUAAACAGUAGGUCAACUGCAGAUUGAAGCUCAUUACAAGGGAGAACACGUUCGCAGGACUGGCCACCUGGACUGACCAAUGGCCGAACUAAGGAAGUCGUCCAGCAGACGCAAGUCCAGCAAAACUCAACCCAUGCUGACCCACAGCGUCAAAUGUGUCGUCAUGGGCGACGGUGACGUAGGCAAGAGCUCGAUGCUGCUGACCCAUCUGAUUGGCCGCUUUCCCCUGGAGUGUCCACCUGGUCCGAUGGACGGACACGCAGAGUUCGAUCAUGUGACUAGUCAACCUGUGACCUUUGUACAGGAGAAUGUCGAGGUCAAGAUGACCUUAGUAGACACGUAUGGCCAGGAUGAGUACGAGAAACUUCGAGAAAAAGUCUGCUGUUCUGCGGAUGUGUUUGUCUUAUGUUUUGACGUGGCCAGACCGGAAACGUUCGAAAGAAUCCGUUACCAGUGGUUACCAGAAAUCCGGAAGUACAGUCCGGCAGACACACCUUUCGUCAUCGUGGGGCUGAAGACAGACUUGCGGUCUAAAGCCAUGGCGGAGGGAAGUGACGUGACAAAGUUCAUCAGCUACGGGGACGGGCUGAAGGCGGCCACAGAGAUGGGGACCUCGUUCUACCUCGAGUGUUCGGCCAAAAGCAACGGUGGCGCCAUCAAGCGGAUCCUUGAGAAGGCGGCUCAGGCGGCGCUGCAGACCUCACUUCCGGAGAACAUGAAGCGGAGUAGCUGUGUCGUGUCUUAGUCCUGUGUCUUGUCCUGGUCCUAUAAAUUGUCCUCGACACCCCCCCCCCCCCCCUCUGUCUUACAAAUGAUAUGUUUUAUUGUUUAGAUGUGACAUGUAAUGUGUAGGCUGUACAAAUGACAUGUUUUACUGUUUAGAUGUGAUAUGUAAUGUCGGCUGUACAAAUGAUAUGUUUUAUUGUUUAGAUGUGACAUGUAAUGUGUAGGCUGUACAAAUGACAUGUUUUACUGCUUAAAUGUGACAUGAAAUGUCGGCUGUACAAAUGACAUGUUUUAUUGUUUAGAUGUGACAUGUAAUGUGUUGGCUGUUAACUUAUUGAUGUAAGCUGGAGCUAUUAUCUAUUUCUCUAAUGAAGACCUUUGGUCGCAUCUUCAGUAUUUUAUUUGUACAUUUUGUUAUUGACAUAAACAAAUAAAACGUUGGGUGACGCCCUUUA